AUGGGACCUGCCUGGGUCCAGGACCCCUUGACAGGUGCUCUCUGGCUGCCUGUCCUCUGGGCACUCUUGUCCCAGGUCUAUUGUUUUCAUGACCCACCAGGAUGGCGCUUCACUUCCUCAGAAAUUGUGAUCCCCAGGAAAGUGCCCCACAGGAGGGGUGGAGUUGAGAUGCCAGACCAACUCUCUUACAGCAUGCGUUUCCGGGGCCGAAGACACGUGAUUCACAUGACGCUCAAGAAGAACAUGAUGCCCAGACAUUUACCUGUUUUUACUAAUAAUGACCAAGGGGCCAUGCAGGAGAACUACCCUUUUGUCCCACAAGACUGUUACUACGACUGCUACCUGGAAGGGGUUCCUGGGUCUGUGGCCACAUUGGACACCUGCCGUGGAGGUCUGCGUGGCAUGCUGCAGGUGGAUGACCUGACUUAUGAAAUCAAACCCCUGGAGGCUUCUUCCAAAUUUGAGCAUGUAGUAUCUCUGCUUGUGUCAGAAGAAAGACCAGGAGAGGUUAGUAGAUGUAAGACUGAAGGGGAAGAGACAGAUCAAGGAUCUGAAAAGGUAAAACUGGCUGAAACUCCCAGAGCAGGCCACGUUUAUUUGUGGAGGCAUCACAGAAAAAACUUGAAACUUCACUACACGGUUACUAAUGGAUUAUUCAUGCGGAACCCUAAUAUGUCACACAUAAUAGAGAAUGUAGUGAUUAUUAACAGCAUCAUACAUACCAUUUUCAAACCAGUUUAUUUAAAUGUCUAUGUACGUCUUUUGUGCAUAUGGAAUGAUAUGGAUAUAGUAAUGUUGUAUAACAUGCCUGCCGAAAUGGUUGUAGGAGAGUUUGGUUUGUGGAAAUAUUAUGGAUGGUUUUCACAAAUUCCACAUGAUACCUCAGUUGUUUUUACAGCACAUCGACUUAAAAACAGUGAGUGUUAUGCCAGCUUUGAUGGAAUAUGCAACCCCAACUGGGGAGCAAUGUUUGUGUAUUUAAUGAAUUAUCACCUAUUUAGGGGGGCAUGUGUUACAGCACAUGCACUAGGUCAUAACAUGGGCUUGAGACAUGAUUCUGUUGGUUGUUAUUGUUUUCGACGAACCAACUGUCUCAUGGCUCCUGUUCCUGAUCUUAAUGAUAUGAUGAGCAAUUGUUCUUAUGAGAUAAUUCAACACAAGUUUAAUCAGUGGGAUCCUUGUUUGAGUGCUCCAAAUGUUCCAUACACUAAUUUUCCAUACGUAGCUCCUCGUUGUGGAGACAAGAUCAAAAAUCAGAGGGAAGAAUGUGACUGUGGCUCCCUUAAAGAUUGUGCCAGUGAUAGAUGUUGUGAGACCUCUUGUACCCUUUCUCUUGGCAGUGUUUGCAAUACAGGACUUUGCUGCCAUGAGUGUAAAUAUGCUGCCCCUGGAGUGGUUUGCAGAGACUUGGGUGGUAUAUGUGAUCUACCGGAAUACUGUGAUGGGAAAAAGGAAGAGUGUCCAAAUGACGUCUACAUCCAGGAUGGAACCCCUUGUUCAGCAGUAUCUGUUUGUAUAAGAGGAAACUGCAGUGACCGUGAUAUGCAGUGUCAAGCCCUUUUUGGCUACCAAGUGAAAGACGGUUCCCCAGCGUGCUAUCAAAAAUUGAAUAGGAUUGGUAACCGAUUUGGAAACUGUGGGGUUAUUCUACGGCGAGGGGGAAGUAGACCUUUUCCAUGUGAAGAAGAUGAUGUUUUUUGUGGAAUGCUGCACUGUAGCGGUGUCAACCACAUUCCCGGUGGAGGUGAGCACACUACAUUUCGUAAUAUAUUAGUACACGACAUAAAAGAAGAAAAAUGCUUUGGCUAUGAAGCACACCAGGGGACAGACUUGCCAGAAAUGGGGCUGGUAGUGGAUGGUGCAACCUGUGGCCCAGGGAGCUACUGUCUUAAACACAAUUGUACUUUUUAUCAAGACCUGCAUUUUGAGUGUGAUCUUAAAACAUGCAAUUACAAAGGAGUAUGUAACAACAAAAAACAUUGUCACUGUCUGCAUGAGUGGCAACCACCAACAUGUGAACUGAGAGGAAAAGGGGGUAGUAUAGAUAGUGGCCCUCCACCUGACAAACAAUAUCGUAUUACAGGCAGCAUACUUGUGAAUAUAAACCGAGUACUACUUUUAAUAUUUACUCGUUGCACCCUUUUUCUGGUUUCACUUCUCCUUGGUGGCUUUUCACAAGCAAUAGAAUUUAUGGAAAAGACAGUAUUGAAAACUACUGAACCUAAUGAGUAA